AUGGGAUUGGUCUUCUCUCAGGUUCAGCCACAAUCAUCUGCAGUCAGUGAACAGUCUGUUCGGCUCAUUCGGUCCAAAGUAGCCGGACUACCGAAAGUAAGAGAUGCUGGCUUCACUUACGUUUUUUGGGAAAGCAUCAAUGAGGCCAUCGAAUUUGUACUGGAUUGCCAUAGAGACACUGGAGCCAUCGAACGGGCUUCCUCUACGAAAGAUUUUUUUCCAUAUUUGCAAUGUGCAAUUUAA